AUGUUUAGACUAAUACCGCUUCAGCAUAUAAGGCGCGUGAUUCCAACAUGUACUACUUCACCCACAGCUACAUUCAUACGUACCCUUGUACACUUCAAAGAAACCAAGACUCAACUUCAACGAGAAAAAGAUAAACAAAAGAAGCGUAAAUUGAGACAAGAGUUAAAAUUCAAAUCAUUGGAAAACCCCAUUGAUCAUCCAUUACAUAUGCCUAUUGCUGAAGCACUCAAUACCAUUAGAUCAUUUGAAGUGGGUAAACCAGCAGAUAAAUCGACAAUCACCUGUAAUUUAUAUGUACGUCAAGAACAAGGUGCUGCCCCCAUUAACGGAACUGUUGAUAUACCAUUCCCUAUCAAUAGGAAGACUAAACCACUUGUAUUCACUACUCAUCAUUCGAUAAUUGAAGAAUUACUGACAUUAGUCGACCCACAAUAUUUAGGAGGUAAAGAAUUAAUUGAUAAAUUUGUCAAUCAAGAAUUAUUACCUGGGGAUUUCACCCAUGUUUUCGCUACUAGUGAAAUGGAAAGUCAAUUAAGAUCAGUUGCGAGGAUAUUAGGUCCUGCAGGAUUACAACCAACAAAGAAAAAGGGAACUGUUACUGAUGAUCCUCAAGCUAUUGCUAAUAUUUUAAGAUCAUAUCAAAUUAAACAAAAGGAUUCUCAUAUAACUUUUACUGUGGGGAAUACUACUUUUAGUGAUUUCCAAAUCAUGUCAAAUUUGAAAGCGGUUAGUGAUGUUAUAUUCUCGCAAAUUGAUCCAAAUGCUUCAAAAAAGACCAGGUUGGGUUAUUGUUUCAUCUCCUCAGCUAAUAGUCCUGGGUUAGUCAUUGACUUCAAACAGGAGUAA